CACAACCAAACAUUAUCUGAUCACAUUUCUCUCUUUCGCCGGAAAUCGCCAUGGCUCCGUUCGCCACCGCCACCCUCCUCCUCUGUUUUCUUGCUCUCUCUGCCUUCGCCUCCGGUAGCCGGGAUCUCGUCGGAGAUGUUCUCCGAUUGCCCUCCCAAGCUUCCAGAUUUUUCCGUCCUGCUAAUGCUGCCGCCGACGAUGCUGAUGCCGUCGGGACCAGAUGGGCUGUUCUGAUUGCUGGUUCGAAUGGGUAUUGGAAUUACAGGCAUCAGGCGGACAUAUGCCAUGCUUACCAACUCUUGAAGAAAGGUGGGUUAAAGGAUGAAAACAUUGUUGUGUUCAUGUAUGAUGAUAUUGCUUUGAAUGAAGAGAACCCAAGGCCUGGAGUCAUUAUCAACAACCCACUUGGGGAUGAUGUCUAUAAAGGAGUUCCAAAGGAUUAUACUGGUGAAGAUGUCACUGUUGAUAACUUUUUCGCGGUUAUACUCGGAAAUAAAACUGCCAUCCAAGGGGGUAGUGGGAAGGUUGUAGAUAGUGGUCCAAAUGAUCAUAUCUUUGUCUACUACUCUGAUCAUGGUGGUCCUGGAGUUCUUGGAAUGCCCACCUAUCCUUACCUUUAUGCCGAUGAUCUGAAUGAAGUUUUAAAAAAGAAGCAUGCUUCAGGGACCUACGAAAGCUUGGUAUUUUAUCUUGAGGCUUGUGAAUCUGGAAGUAUCUUCGAAGGUAUUCUCCCUGAGGGUUUGAAUAUCUAUGCAACCACUGCUUCAAAUGCAGAGGAAAGCAGUUGGGGUACUUACUGCCCUGGAGAGUAUCCCAGUCCUCCGCCAGAAUAUGAAACCUGUUUGGGCGACUUGUACAGUGUUGCUUGGAUGGAAGACAGUGACGUACACAAUCUGCGGACGGAAACUUUGCAUCAGCAGUAUGAACUGGUUAAGAGGAGGACAUCCAGUGACAAUUCUGCUUAUGGGUCUCAUGUGAUGCAAUAUGGGGAUAUUGUGAUUAGCAAAGACAGUCUCUUCAAUUAUAUUGGUACAAAUCCCGCAAAUGAAAAUUACACUUAUGUGGAUGAGAACUCUUUGAGGCCGCCUACAAAAGCUGUUAACCAGCGUGAUGCCGACCUUGUCCAUUUCUGGGAUAAGUACCGGAAGGCACCUGAAGGCUCACCAAGGAAGAUCAAAGCCCAGAAAGAGUUCCUUGAAGCAAUGUCACAUAGAAUGCAUUUAGAUGAGAGUGUGAAACUUGUUGGGAAGCUCUUGUUUGGAAUCGAGAAUGGUCCAGCGGUGCUCAACGCUGUUCGCCCUUCUGGUCUUCCACUAGUUGAUGACUGGAAAUGUCUGAAGACAAUGGUGAGGACUUUUGAGUCAAAAUGUGGAUCUCUGUCCCAAUACGGCAUGAAACACAUGCGUUCCUUCGCUAACAUCUGCAACGCUGGAGUGAACGAGAAGCAGAUGGCCGAGGCAUCUGCACAAGCUUGCGUAAACAUGCCUUCGAACCAUUGGAGCUCACUGCAGAAGGGAUUCAGUGCUUGAGUGAAGAAGAAGAAGAAGAAGAAGAAGAAGAAGAAGGAAGAUAUGGGAAAGGAAGGAGAAGAAAAUACAUGAUUGUGUGAUUUGAUGAAAUAUUCAUGAUUGAUUGCGUUAUUGUUUGUACAGAUCACAUUCAAGCAAUCUUACUUACCAGACUUGUCUUAUGCUAAUAAUGCUCGAACUACUAUACUACUAUGUAUGUUUUUGUUCAAAAUUGUAUAGUAUGUUGAUAUAAGUUUGGAAUGAAUUUGGUGUUUUUUUUUGUGCACUACU